AUGCAGGGUCUUGCGGAUGGCCUUGUCAAGACUCACCUGUUCCGGCUUGAACUAGAUUCACUAGAACAAGCCAUUUCCAUUGCGGAGCAGGAAGACUUCAGUCUGAGACAGGCUCGCGCCAGCUCGACAUCAUAUCGUCAACCGAGACGAUAUGACAGCGGAGGUCCAGAGCCGAUGGAACUCUGCUAUGUAGAGAGCGAGAAGGCUCGCUCUACAGACUACAAGAAGUUGCAGAAAUACAACAGAUGUCAGAAGACAGGACACUACGCUUACGAGUGUAGUGCCCCUCGUCCCGUGUAUCGCAACACUGGGCGUAGUGAUCGUUCACCCAUGAGAAAGGGGCAGGAACGCGGGUCCGCUCUUGGUGCAAAGACGCAACUACGGGAUGGACCGUCAAAAAACGGACAGGAUCAGUAG